AUGUCUCGCUCUUCUCAAUCAUUGCAAAAUCCUCCUACAUUGCAGCUUUCUACUUGGUAUAUGAAAUUGCUUCUUCAAAUCCAGAAGGGUCUAAAUGGCAACAUUGCAUCUCUGAUGGCACAGGCCAUCACGACUCAGGCUCGAGCCAUUACUGCUCAAGCCGCGACAGAGGGUGCUCCCAGAGAGAACCUGCAUGCUAGUACUAUGGCUAGCAAGCUGAGGGACUUCCCCAGGAUGAAUCCCCCAGUGUAUAACGGGUCCAAGGUCAGCGAGGAUCCUCAGGAGUUCGUAGAUGAGGUCCACAAGAUUCUGUGUGCCAUGGGUGUUGAUGAGGAGGCAAAGGCUGAGUUGAGUGCAUAUCAACUCAAGGAUGUGGCACAGGUUUGGUACCAGAUGUGGGCUGCUGGCCGAGCUAGAGGAGAUGUUCCCAUCACUUGGGAUGUUCUUAAGACUCCUUUUCUGAAGAGGUUCUUCCCAAGGGAGCAAAGGGAAUCCAAAGUUGAAGAAUUUAUCAACCUAAGACAAUUAGGCAUGUCUGUCAAGGAGUAUUCCUUGACGUUUGUUAAAGUUUCAAAGUAUGCUUCUUCUCUUGUGGUAAAUAACAAGGAUGAGAUGAGCAGGUUCGUGACUGGAGUAUCAGAGGAUCUGGUAGAAGAUUGUCAGGCAGCCAUGCGGCAUUACAAUAUUGAUCUUGUCAGUUUGAUGGUGCAUGCUCAUCAAGUAGAGGAGAGCCGCCGCAAGAGGCGAAUUACGAAGGCAUGA